AUGACGGGAAUAUGUCUGAAAACGUUGGCUGAUCUUUACAGUACGUACUACAGCUACAACUUUAUCACUAAGAUUACAAGAGAGCGCAAAGAACAGAUCAGGUUUCCUGCAAUCACCAUAUGCAACCUGAACAGGUUUGACAUAAGCCAACAGAACCUUACUGACACAGAGCUGAAGUACCUUCGCCGAAGUGGGGACCUACAUUUCUUAUCUCAGUCUAUUGACUGGAAAGGGGAGGAAGGGAGAGAACUAGAGAAGAUAGAUAAUGUCAAAUUUUGGGAAGGUGGAGCAUACAAAGAAGAAGCAAUGUUCAAGUACAUUUUUUUAAAAAGCAUCAACGUCCCCCCAGAAGCCCUGAAAUACAACCAAAAACAAGAUCAACGCUGCUUCACCUUCAGCGCUAACGCCGAUGAAGAUACUUCAGAGUCUGAAGAUGCACAAUUGAAUGUCGUUGUUAACAUCAUGCAAGAAACCUAUCUAGAGGGAACAGUGUACGAGGCGGGUGUAAAGGUAUAUAUUGAUGAACCAGAUACAGCUCCGAGCUACAGUGAUGAUGCAAUGACGGGUGUACAAGUCGGGACGACGACACGCAUAAAGCUGACCAAGAAGGAGAUGAAGUACCUUCCAACCCCCUAUAAUUCCCGUGGAACGGAUUGUCUGGACACUAAAGCCUCGGACUUUGUCAACUCCCUUGAUUGGUUCAAGCACUACAGCUUUGAUGGGUGUCUUCAUAAGUGCUCCAAUAAGGCUGCCAUGAAUGCCUAUCAAGUACAAUCGGAAGCCAGAAGCGGGAAGAGUUGUUUAUGCCAGUACCAAUGUGAGGAGACAUCGUAUGAUAUACAAGUGUCAUCCAUGACAAUGCCGCAAAACGCCACAUCCGUCGCUUCUUAUGUGGAUUCCACAACUGAUAUGUUAAGACAUAAUUACCUGGUUCUAGAGAUCAAAGUAGCCAGCAUGGUAGUUGAAAGGACAGAGCACACGCCAGAAUUGGAGCUGAAUGAUAUAUUUGCCAGUAUUGGUGGCCAGAUUGGACUGUUUCUUGGGGCCAGUAUCCUCACCAUCACAGAACUGCUGGAACUGUUGAUAACAUGUGUGCUUGCAAGCCUGAAGUCGCUGUGGGCCAGACAUAAACUUCAGGGUUGA